UUCUCUUCUAUCUCUUCUAUCAAAUUAUAAAGAAAGAUAAGAUCUAAAGGAAGAUGCUGGUUUAUUGAAAGGAGAGGGAGAUGGGGAUGGAGAGUAUAGGGGAAUCUCGGAGGCGGCCGGCGGAGGGGGAUUCAGCGCCGGCGGCGGGAGGCGGAAGGGAGCGGUGCCCUCGGUGCGAGUCGCGGGACACCAAGUUUUGUUACUACAACAACUACAACAUGUCGCAGCCCCGGCACUUCUGCAAGUGCUGCCGUCGCUACUGGACGCUCGGCGGCGCGCUCCGCAACGUCCCCAUCGGCGGGGCCUCCCGAAAGCGCUUCCGUCGCUGGCCGAAUCAGGCCGAGUGCCGGCCAGGCCGAAACCUUCCCCCGCCCCUGCUAUCUGGCUUGGUAGGGCUCUCCUCGGAUUUGCCGGCCGGCCACGGGUCGCUGCUCCCCGGUGGCGCAGAACUCAUGCGGCUGGACGAGCCUUUCCUGCCAGGUCUGGGGCUGGGUCUCGGGAUCGGGUGCGGCUCCGGGGCGGCGGAGGAGAUGGCCGGCUUCGGCCUUGGCCACGGCAUGCUGUGGGGGACUCACUCGCUUCUCGACGAGUCCGGAGACGCGUGGCGUGUGGGAAGUGGCGUAGACUACUUCGUGACGUCGGGUCCGGCAACUUCCGGGGUUCGGACUGACUUCGCAGUUUCCGCUCCAGCCGACGCAGGCGGCGCUCCGGUCAGUGACUUCCAUUAGCUAGUUCAAACCUACAG